AUGGAAAACCGAUUGCAGGACGUUACCAACACCUUGGGGUCAUCACAGAAACAGCAUUCAAUCAAUAGUACACCCAACUUGGACAAGCAUUUCGACUUGAUUCACGAAAGUCACAAUGAAUUACUGCAGCAAUUACACAGGAUAGAAACCUCGACCAAGCAGACCAACGUUGACUUGGAUCAGCUUUACUCCCGGCUGAAGAGCAAUAAUGAGAAUUUGAAUAAGCUUUUGAAGAACAUCGUAGAGUACUCGAAUGAAGUGGUCACGGAAGGAAAUGCAACGAAGGCUGACAUGAGCUUAAUCAUUAAAGCAUUGGAGGAGUUGAAAAUGAGACAAAUCUCCUUGAAAGAGGAUGAGCUUGCCAAGAUUAAGGAUGCGAUACAGCCAUAUUUUGGGGGCACCGAUGUGCAGCUUAGAGCGGAACUAGAAAAGUUCACCGCUUUUGUAAAAGAUGACAGAUUGAGUAAAAGAAUUCUUGAGGAACAAUUUAACCACAUAUCGGAAUCUAUCAAGACGUUGAACAUCGCAGCCAUAUCAGAGAAGAUGAAGGAGCUCUCACAGUCGAGUAGCGAGUUGAAAGAAAGUUUGAGACAAGAGUUGACCCCAGUCAAUGAGCUAAAACAGGAAACGCAAUUCACCAAUAGUCAAAUAUUAGCAAAGUUGGCCUCGAUUGAGCAAAUUUUACAUGAUCAGAAGAAUAGUGACCCUAAAUCCGUAGAGAUUGUUUCUGGCGAAUCAAAAGUCCAUGAGUUGGAGAAGAAAAUCCAGACUCUCGAGCGCAAUUACGAGUGUCUUGUGGAAAAGUAUACUCAAAAGUAUGACCAGUAUAAGCUUCUUCUGCAAAAAUUCGCAACUCUAGCGGACACAGUUCAAGCUGAGCAGGUUUCCAAUCUACCUUCACCAAGUAUUCAGAAUUUAAAGAGGUUCCACAACACCAACUUACGAAUGAUUGAAGAGAACAACACGAUUUCAAAUGGCAAGCGAAUAGUUAGCACACCAGUAGAGCUUGCGAACAGCUCUGAUAAAGAUUAG